AUGGAGCUCCGGACGCAGUACCUGCUGCUGCUCUUCGUGUUCGGCAUGAUCGCCAAGGGCAUGGUCAAGUCCGCCUUCGGGUCGAACCUGUCCAUCCUGCUGCUCGUCUGCGUGGGGAUCUACUACUGGCGCACCAAGCAGAAGGAGAAGUGCAUAUACGACGACAUCGCCCGCCAGCAGGCCGAAGCCGCCGCGAAGCUGGACGCGCUGCACGGUGUCGGCGAUGGGAAAGUCACAGAGCUCAGUAUGGCCAUGCGCAGGACGUCCUUCAAGCUCAGCGAGUCCGACACGGGCGUCAUCACGGACCGCAUUCGUCAGUACUCGAGCAAGCUGGGCGGGUCAAGGAAGGACCGGCAGAAGUUCCUACGGAGGAAUGCCAAGGCCAGGACAGUGAACACGAUAGACAUCAACGACCCGGCGCAGAAAGCUCCCAUCGAGACGAUUGUGGAGGAAGCUGUAGACGCCACCUUGUAA